CUUCGCUCCCCCAGGAAGUGGCCAUCAUCAGCGCGCAAUUGACAAACCACGGCAGGCAACACUGAAAAUCGAUAGACAAAACAGGGCUCUGAAAAGCGUUUUCUCUCUUUACAGCCCUCCCCUCUCUGUAGUAUCUCCCAGCAAAUCCCCGGCGGUGACUGGAGAGUUAAAACGCCGAAGAGGCGUAAGCAGCAACAAUUUCAUUCGGUAGGGGUGUUUGUGUCGCGCGACCAGUCUCACCAGACUCGCCCAAUACUAGACGUUCAUCAGUUUGAAUCAAAAUGUUGGAUCCAUCAUCAAGCGAGGAGGAAACAGAUGAGAUAGUGGAAGAGGAGCGCAAAGUAGUUGCAGCACCUAAGGCUGGUGCCCGUGUCUCUCCAAGUCGGACCAGUGAGGGCUCUGGUGGCUUACAGCCCAGUCGGAGUAGCAAUGUCCGUCCGUCAAGUCCGAGCCCUUCGGUGGCGAGUGAGAAGGAGAAGGAGGACUUGGAAAAGAUGCAAAGAGAAGAGGAAGAGCGAAAGAAGAGACUACAGCUCUAUGUCUUUGUCAUGCGCUGCAUUGCUUACCCUUUCAACGCUAAACAACCAACAGACAUGGCGAGACGACAACAAAAGAUUAGCAAGACGCAACUGCAAACCGUCAAGGAGCGUUUCCAGUCCUUCCUCAGCGGAGACACACAGAUUGUGGCCGAUGAGGCGUUCAUCAAUGCCGUCCAGAGCUACUAUGAGGUGUUCCUGAAGAGCGAUCGCGUGUGCCGCAUGGUGCAGAGCGGUGGCUGCUCGGCCAACGACUCGCGCGAGGUCUUCAAGAAGCACAUCGAGAAACGUGUGCGCAGCCUCCCCGAGAUCGACGGCCUGAGCAAGGAGACGGUGCUCAGCUCGUGGAUGGCCAAGUUCGACACCAUCCACCGCGGCGAGGAGGACCCGCGCAAACACCAGCAGCGCCUGACCGCCAGCGCGGCCUCCGAGCUCAUCCUCAGCAAGGACCAGCUCUACGAGAUGUUCCAGUCCAUCCUCGGCAUCAAGAAGUUCGAGCACCAGCUGCUCUACAACGCCUGCCAGCUUGAUAAUCCAGAUGAGCAGGCGGCCCAGAUCAGGAGAGAGCUGGACGGGCGGCUGCAAAUGGCCGAUCAGAUCGCCAGGGGUGGCAAGUUUCCCCGGUUCGUGUCGAAGGAGAUGGAGGCAAUGUACAUCGAGGAGCUGAAGUCGUCCGUGAACCUGCUGAUGGCCAACCUGGAGAGCAUGCCCGUGUCCAAGGGAGGGGAGUUCAAGCAGAAGCUCAAGAGGGGCUACAACACGUCCAUCAUCGACAUGGGUCAGGAGGAUGAGAACCAGCUCUCCAAGUCCGAUGUGGUGCUCUCUUUCACCUUGGAGGUGGUGAUUAUGGAGGUGCAGGGUCUCAAGUCCCUAGCGCCCAACCGGAUUGUCUACUGCACCAUGGAGGUGGAAGGGGGGCAGAAACUACAGACGGACCAGGCCGAGGCCUCCAAGCCAGCUUGGGGGACACAGGGAGACUUCACUACCACUCACCCGCUCCCGGCCGUCAAGGUGAAGCUGUUCACCGAGAGCACCGGUGUGUUGGCUCUGGAGGACAAGGAGCUGCUGGGCAGGGUGGUCCUGCACCCCACACCCAACAGCCCUAAGCAGGCGGAGUUGCACAAAAUGACCGUUUCCAAAGGCUGCCCGGAUAGUGACCUCAAGAUCAAACUGGCUGUUCGCAUGGAUAAGCCUCAGAACAUGAAGCACUGUGGGUAUUUGUGGACCAUUGGGAAGAAUGUGUGGAAGAGAUGGAAGAAGAGGUUCUUUGUCCUGGUGCAGGUGAGCCAGUACACCUUCGCCAUGUGCAGCUACCGGGAGAAGAAGGCAGAGCCAGUGGAGCUAUUGCAGCUGGACGGAUACACUGUGGACUACACCGACCCUCAGCCAGGCCUGGACGGUGGCCGGACCUUCUUUAAUGCCGUGAAGGAGGGCGACACUGUGAUCUUUGCCAGCGAUGACGAACAGGACCGCAUCCUCUGGGUCCAGGCCAUGUACCGGGCCACGGGUCAGUCCCACAAGCCCGUGCCGCCCACGCAGGUCCAAAAGCUCAACUCCAAAGGGGGCACGGCGCCACAGCUGGACGCGCCCAUCUCGCAGUUCUCCGGACCGAGGGACGCAGACCGGGCACAGAAGCACGGCAUGGACGAGUUCAUCUCGGCCAACCCCUGCAGCUUCGACCACUCUUCGCUCUUCGAGAUGCUUCAGCGCCUCACCCUGGACCACAGGCUCAACGACUCCUACUCCUGCCUGGGCUGGUUUAGUCCAGGUCAGGUGUUUGUGCUGGACGAGUACUGUGCACGGAACGGCGUGCGUGGCUGCCACAGACACCUGUGCUACCUGCGAGACCUGCUGGAGCGGGCGGAGAAUGGCGCCAUGAUCGACCCCACCCUGCUGCACUACAGCUUUGCCUUCUGCGCCUCGCACGUCCACGGGAACAGGCCUGAUGGGAUCGGAACAGUGUCGGUGGACGAGAAGGAGCGCUUUGAGGGCAUCAAGGACAGACUGCGUGUUCUCCUGGAGAACCAAAUUACUCACUUCAGGUACUGCUUCCCAUUUGGAAGACCGGAGGGAGCAUUGAAGGCAACUUUGUCUCUGUUAGAGAGGGUCCUGAUGAAAGAUAUAGUAACUCCUGUGCCUCAGGAGGAGGUGAAAACUGUCAUCCGGACGUGUCUGGAGCAGGCGGCCCUAGUCAACUACCAACGACUCUCUGAGUAUGCCAAAGUGGAGGGGAAAAAGAGAGAAAUGUAUGAGCAUCCUGUCUUCUGCCUGGCGUCUCAGGUGAUGGAUUUAACCAUUCAGAAUGUAGGCCGGUUAGUCACUCCCGCCAAAAAGCUGGAGGACACCAUUCGUCUGGCAGAGCUGGUGAUCGAGGUCCUACAGCAGAACGAGGAGCACCAUGCUGAGGGUAAAGAGGCCUUUGCGUGGUGGUCAGACCUGAUGGUGGAGCACGCGGAGACCUUCCUGUCGCUGUACGCCGUGGACAUGGACGCGGCACUGGAGGUGCAGCCGCCGGACAGCUGGGACAGCUUCCCCCUCUUCCAGCUGCUCAACGACUUCCUGCGUGUGGACUAUAACCUUUGCAAUGGAAAGUUCCACAAGCACCUGCAGGACCUGUAUGCCCCCCUGGUGGUGCGCUACGUGGACCUGAUGGAGUCGUCCAUCGCACAGUCCAUCCACCGCGGCUUUGAGAGGGAGUCCUGGGAGCCAGUCAAGAGCCUAGCCAGUAAUCUGCCCAAAGUACCAAACCUAGCCGUGCCAGUUAACCUGCCUAGCUUUUCCACUCCCGCAUGGAUGACCGCUCUAUCAGACACAGACAAUGGAUCGGGGACGUCGGAGGACCUCUUCUGGAAGCUGGACGCCCUGCAGACCUUUAUACGGGAUCUGCACUGGCCCGAGGAGGAGUUCGGCAAGCACCUGGAGACCCGGCUCAAGCUGAUGUCCAGCGACAUGAUCGAGUCGUGCGUGAAGCGAACGCGGGCCGCCUUCGAGGCGAAGCUCCAGAGAAGCAGCCGGACAACAGAUUUCCGCGUGCCGCAGUCAAUAUGCACCAUGUUCAACGUGAUGGUGGACGCCAGGGCCCAGUCGGCCAAGCUGUGCGCCAUGGAGCUGGGCCAGGAGCGGCAGUACCACUCUCAAAUCGACAAUCUCAUUGAGGAGACGGUGAAGGAGAUGAUCACCCUGCUGGUUGCAAAGUUUGUGGUCAUUCUCGAGAGUGUCCUGGCCAAGUUGUCCCGCUACGACGAGGGAACACUCUUCUCAUCCUUCCUGUCUUUCACAGUGAAAGCAGCCUCAAAAUAUGUGGAUGUGCCUAAGCCGGGGAUGGACGUGGCCGACAGCUACGUGACCUUCGUCCGGCACUCCCAGGACAUGCUGCGGGAUAAGGUCAAUGAGGAGAUGUAUAUAGAAAGGUUAUUUGAUCAAUGGUACAGCAGCACUAUGAACCUCCUGGGCACCUGGCUAACAGACCGCAUGGACCUCCAGCUUCACCUGUACCAGCUUAAGAUCCUCAUACGCAUCGUCAAGAAAAAGUACAGGGACUUCCGGCUUCAGGGCGUGCUGGACUCCACCCUGAACAGCAAGAUGUACGACACAGUCCGCCACCGGCUCAUCCUGGAAGAGGCCACUGCGUCGGUGCGGGAGGGAGGGAUGCAGGGCAUAUCGAUGAAGGACAGCGACGAAGAGGACUGAAACAAUAUGGCCACCGAUGCUGUUUCCCAUCCACUUCCUCAGCCCACCACCACAAUGCAUGUUAUAACCACUCAGCCAUCUAUUUUUUAACACACACUUGGUUCUCAUUUCAGUCAGGUCUUCAGUGCCCUACGAGGGACCAGAAAAAAAAGAGCCAUCAAGCUAAAAAAAAAAACAGAUUAGAUUUAAUAGCUAUUGUAAUGAUAAAAUGGAAAAUUAAAAUAACAUUGGUGUUGUACGAUAAACAAUAGAAAAUGUCAAAACUUUCACCCUUCAGUGUCUAAGCAGUAUGGAGUACCAUUUCUGUGUGUGGAGUGAGAUUAUUAGGAUAAUACAAAUGCUUGGUGUGUCCCUUUCCCGUGCAGGUCUCUAGCACGCUAGUCUUCACUGUAAAUACAUGAAUGGUAGCCAGUUGUGCAUAGGCCUCUUGACAGCUUCAUGUCCAGUAUGUCUGAAUGGAUGUCCAGUAUGUCUAAAUGGAUGUCCAGUAUGUCUGAAUGGAUGUCCAGUAUGUCUGAAUGGAUGUCUGAAUGGAUGCCAAAAUGCAACAACUUGAUUGGGGGCAUCACAACUGGUCGCCACGCUUAGGGAGUAUCAGAAACUGUUAUCUGUUUAUGUCUACACUAGAAUCUAAAGCUCUCAGUGGUCUCUGACCUGGAAUAGAAAGAGUUCUGACACUUUGGUUUUUUUUUUUGUUUGUUUUUUAAAACAGCCGUUUUAGAAAUCUACAUUCCCAAAAUAUCAGUGAUUUUUUUUCACAGACACUACCAAUAUUUUUUAUGCUUUUGAACCAUUCACAAAUGAUAAAUAUGUUAUAUUUUAGUUAAGUAGUAUUUACAUAAUCUAUUUCACAGGCAGGAGAAUCUUGCCUCUGUUUAGCUUCCUCAUCAAUCAUCCUUGCAUAUGAUGUUCCCAUUUCUGUUUUCCUCUGUGGAUCGUAGGAUGAUGUCUGCCGCUCCUGCCUUGACCUUUGUUGUUUUUGGUGUGAAGACGAUGCUGUACAUUGCCCUCUGUGCAGUAGCUGCAUGUCUCUCCUAAAGCUUUUGUUAUUCUGUGUAAAGCUGCUGGUGGAUUCAUCUUGCUUCUGCCUUAUGGUAAGCCCACAGUUGAGAUACAAAAAACGUGGGCCUACGAGAAUUAACAAAAGAUAUAUAUG